AGUUAGCCUCAUCCAUCUCCUUUCUCAGCCAACCAUCUAAUCAGUCUCCUUAUCCAUUUUCUCUAAUAAUUCACGUCAAACAUAUGUCCCAUGUUCACUCUUCUAUUUUCUCUCUACUUUGGCAAACUUAGAGCACUCCACAAGCCAUCACAACCAGGUUGGUGGUCAGAAAGCAAUGGCAACAGCUUCAAUGACACUUUCUCCCGCAACAGUUACUAUGGCUGUAGCCAGUGUUGGCACAAAGAGAUGUUCCCAGAAAAGAACCAAAGUGAAGUACAUUAGUGGCUUGAAUUCAUUUGGAGGGCUUAAGGCACAUAACAGUGUUGUCUCAUUAGGCCUCCCUUUUUGUACUGAACAGUCCUUUGCCAACAUUGUUAGUUCUUUGAGAACAACUUCAUCACAAGGCAAAGGUGGAGCUUUGUCGUCUACCUGUAAUGCUGCUCUUGAGAUUUUCAAGAUUGCUUCCAUUAUUACAGGCCUCGUUCUGGUCGGAGUUGCUAUUGGUUUUGUCCUCCUUCGAAUUGAAGCUUCAGUUGAGGAAUCUGAUUAAAAAAUUGGUUUGCCAAUGCUUUCACCAAGAUUUACUUUCUCUGCAUUAAUGUAGAAUUGAUUUAUUUUGGAUAUGUAUAUUAACCUUAUAAACUUGGGUUUCCUCAAGAAAUUUUGAAUUUUAGAUUUUUUAAAAUCA